GUUGCCAGUGAUGUCCUGGACUACUGGACUCAAAUGGAGAAGGAAGGCAAGAGAGGCCCCAACCCAGCCCUGUGGUGGGUGAACAGCCAAGGAGAUGAAGUGAAGUGGAGUUUCAGAGAGCUGACAGACUUCACCUGCCGCGCAGCCAACGUCUUCACGCAGACCUGUGGCCUGCAGCAGGGAGACCGUCUCGCCUUGAUUCUGCCUCGAGUGCCUGAGUGGUGGCUGGUGGCCAUGGGCUGCAUCCGAACAGGGAUUAUCUUCAUGCCAGGGACAACCCAGAUGAAGGCCAAGGACAUUCUCUACCGACUAAAGCAGUCGAAUGCCCAGAGCAUCGUGACCACAGAUGACCUUGCCCCGGAGGUGGACUCGGUGGCUUCUGAGUGUCCCGCUCUGAAAACCAAGCUCCUGGUGUCUGACCACAGCCGUGAGGGGUGGCUGGACUUCCGAUCUCUGAUUCAAUUCCCAAGCCCUCGGUCACAUCCUCCUAUGGUUACAAAGCUGAGGCCACUGUAUUUUGGAGUCAGCAGGGAAGUACUGCAGCUGAAGACCUCUGAUUUCGUGUGGUGCCUGUCAGAUCCAGGCUGGAUUAUGGCUACUGUGGAGACCAUGAUUGAACCAUGGACAGCAGGGUCUACUGUCUUCAUCCACCAUCUGCCCCCACCUGCCUCUCCACCGCUCAAGUCCAAGCUCCUCACCACUACACUCUUUAAAUACCCCAUCACCCAGUACAUUACUGCGCCCUCUGUAUAUCGAAUGAUUCUGCAGGAGAAUUUUGGCAGCUCUGUGGACACCUUGUCUCCCCCAAACCUCAGGUUCCCGACUCUGGAGCAUUGCUCUACUGGCGGGGAGGCCCUGCUGCCCGAAGAGCAAGAGAAGUGGAGACAACGGACAGGCCUUCUGCUCCACCAGCUCUACGGACAGUCGGAAACGGGAUUGACUUGCGGCACUCCCCGGGGAUCACAGGUCAAGCCUGGUUCCAUGGGGAAAGCCAUCCCACCCUUCGACGUCCAGGUCAUCGACGACGAGGGCAACAUCCUGCCGCCCAACACUGAGGGCAACCUUGGCAUCAGGAUCAAGCCCACCAAGCCCAUCGGCCUGUUCAUGUUGUAUGAGAAUGACCCAGUGAAGACAGCCAAAGUGGAGUGUGGGGACUUUUACAACACUGGGGACAAAGCAACUAUUGACAAAGAGGGCUACAUCUGGUUCCUGGGGAGGGACGAUGACAUCAUCAACGCCUCUGGGUACCGCAUUGGGCCGGCAGAGGUGGAGAACGCCCUGGCUGAGCAUCCGGCGGUGGCUGAGUCAGCUGUGGUGAGCAGCCCGGACCCGAUCCGAGGGCAGGUGGUGAAGGCCUUCAUUGUCCUGACCCCAGAGUUUCUGUCCCAUGACCCGGACCAGCUCGCCAAGGAGCUGCAGGAGCACGUGAAGGCAGUGACAGCCCCGUACAAGUACCCAAGGAAGGUGGAGUUUGUCCCUGAGCUGCCCAAAACCGUCACUGGCAAGAUCAAAAGGAGUGAACUUCGGGAAAAGGAGUUUAGUCAGAUGCAACGGCAGUAAAUUCAGCAUCCCUUCUGGGUGUGACCUUGGGCACACACCUGGCUGCCUUGGUGCCCCCACAUGGCGGGGCGAGGGGGGAUGUUGAGGGCUGACGGGGAAGGGCCCAGGACGGCCAGCAUUCCCGCAUUUCUGUUCUUUUAAGUGAACAGUCACCACCCUGCCUCCCAGGCUCCUGUUCCUUUGGAUGCCCAGGCGGCGCUCAGAUCGGGGCUGAAGAUAAUAAAGUGCUGACAUCGACAUCA